UAACAUCAACAUUGCCAUGAGAAUAAUUUUUAAAUAAACAAAAAAAAUAUUUGAACAAACUCGAAUCAUGCCGCACAGCAAGGAAAUUGGCACGGAUGCCCAGCCAAAGAAUGAUGUUAAACUCACAAAUUACGAAAGUGUCGCCCUGAAGGACCUCUUGCAGACACGUCUUAAUGAAUGCGGCUGGCGUAAACAAAUUGAGCAAUUUAUUCGUGAAACAAUCGCUGAGCGCGGCAAUCAGACCAUUACAGCCGAGGAACUGGCAGCCGAGAUUGUGCCGCAAGCUCGCGCCAUGGUACCCGAGGACGUGCGCAAAGAGAUGAUGAUACGCGUGCGCGAAGCCCUGGAGUCGUCGUUGCCACGAAAGCAAAGUCCCUCCCCCCCACUCCAAUAGUGAAAUAUAGAAGACUCGAAUAAUCUUAAAUUGUAGCACAUGUGUGUAUUCUUCGUUUAUUAUCUCGUGUUUAAGUAGAUAUUUACAUGCUUAAAAGCUAA